GUUACAACAUUCUUUCGAACAGCAUUUCAUGUCCAGUUUGUUUACAUUAUUAUGUUGAAGAGCUCACAAUACGUGAGCUCUAUUACGUCAUAUGUGACGUCAUAGUGAGGUGCGGUACGACGUACAUGUAUGUAAAGGUGCAUAAGCGCCAGGUGUAACAAGAACUUGCGUCAGGGGCUGGUUAAGUGAUCAUCCUCCGGAAAUAUCAUGGAUCGCGAAGAGAUAGACUGGAAAAAACCUGUCUUGUAUUCACCAAGUGGUGGAAAAGUCGACUUUUAUGUUGCGGAUCAGAAGUGUAUUUCCCUGUAGUAAGAACCCGGAAAACAGACAUCGUUCCAGGCGUGGUCGGCCUCGACCUGAGUUUCGAAAGCUCCCCAAGAAAAAUGCCGCCCCAAUCAUGCACAACAUUGGGCCAGGCUUCGUCAUCCCUCGGUACAAGCGGGCAAACUAUCCAGAUGAGCUCUUAUUGCAGAACCCUGAUACUGCUCCUCCAAAAAGACCGAUCUACGAUAACUUUCACUACCCCACCAAACAUGUCCCUAAGCACGUCCUCAAGCCGGCCAACUGGACCUCCAUCUUGAGGGAGAUCAACCGUCUGUGGAAGUUGUCCAGGUCCUUCCACCUGGAACAAAUUCGGAAGCGUGCAGAAAAGUCCAGAGCCAUAUCAGAACAGGACCAUACCAACCAUGAUGAUGAUGAUGAACCAGAUUUCGAAGUCAGUGCUCAUGGUCAAGCUCCGAGGAAGACCAGAAGUUGUCCGGUGUCUCCCUUGAGGACAACAAAGAAAGUAUACCGUAACACAAAACCUUGGAUCCCAUGAUGAGAUAUCACAAACUGCCGUAACCGAUGGAGCCGACUUCUCGCUAUUUGUGUUAUUUUCUCCAGUAAUAUUGCCACAUUAUUGCAUAUGUUCGAAGGUUUUAGCAUAUUGUUACUAAGUAACACACCCUAGAACAUGCUGGAUGGAAUAUUGAAUAAAUUGAUAAUGAACAGACAAAAAA